AUGGUUUACGUAAAUUCAGAUGGUAGUAUUGUAGACAAGGCUCCUUUUACUUCAUUCAAAUGGUUCUGGGGCUUACUUAACUUCUUCUAUUACCUGUUCCAGACAUUAGUCAAUCCCAACUUUAAUAAACAUGGAAAUAAAUAUGUUACUGAUUUUCGUCCACCUGGCAGUGGGCCACCGAAGCCACCAACUAGAAAGUAUGGAGGUUUUGGUCCGUCAUCAUCAGGGCCUUCGCCGCCGCCAACUGGAGGAUGUGGCUGUGGUUAA